AGACUGACAGAGCGAGGCUGUAAGAUGCACUGUGGCUGAACUGGUAUCCACAUACAGCUGGAGUCAGGUAAGAGCUGCUGGAGGCUAGAUCGGUGACUGAAUUAGUCAGGUGGUGUAGGACAAUAGUGCGCUGUGGUCCCAGGGUUCAAUACUCUAAGAACAUCUGCGGAAGGACAAAUGAUUGGAGAGAGACACAGGAAUGGAGGCUUUCAGGUAUGACAAAAUCACGGAGUGAGCAAGAGUAAGAGACUGAAAGAGAAACCAGGGAAUAUACUGUGGAGGUGACGAAACCAGGAGUCAACCAAGACAGUGCUACCCAGGGAGCUCCAGAGGAAAAAAAAACAUCGGAAAUUCUUCAAAGGACUGUGAAGUCAACCACCUGUCUGCUAUGGCCUCUCUGGGGAUGCAGAUGCUGGCCAGCGCUCUUUGCCUCCUGGGUUGGGCAGGGGUAAUCAUCACCUGCAUUAUGCCCAUGUGGCGGGUCACAGCCUUCGUGGGCAGCACCAUUGUCACCUCUCAGACUAUCUGGGAGGGCAUCUGGAUGAGCUGUGUGGUGCAGAGCACAGGCCAGAUCCAGUGCAAACCGUACGAGUCUCUCCUCGCUCUCAGCUCUGACCUGCAGGCUGCCAGGGCUCUCACUGUCCUUGCCAUUGCUACAGGUGGCGUAGGUCUCAUACUGGCCUUCAUCGGAGGGAAGUGCACUCGCUUCCUGGAUGAAGAAGGAGGCGGGGCAAAGGGCAGAGUUGCUGUAGCAGCCGGGGCAGUGCUGAUCGCCACAGGGUUGCUGUGUUUGAUUCCCACGUCGUGGACAGCCGGGGCGGUGGUCAGGAAAUUCUACAGCGCCGCCUUGGACAGCCAGCGGAGAGAGAUCGGAGCCUGUCUGUACAUCGGCUGGGGAGCAUCCAUCCUGCUCGUCCUGGGAGGGGGGUUGUUCAUCAGCUCCGCCUGUCCCCUUAAAGCCCACAAUACAGACAAGAGCCCCUCCGUUCGCUAUCUUGUGGUCCACUCCUCCAACGGGUCCAGCCAGGGAGGCUCACAGCGCAGCAGGAUUCAUUCGACAAAAUCAGAGCCAUUCGGGCCGAUGUUCUCCAGGCCGCAAAGCAAUGAGGGGGCAUCAGUAAGGUCGCAGCCAAAAGGACUAACGUACACAAGGCCUCCCUGGGAGGACAGGCCUGGGGAGAACUCAAGGCAGGGGUCAGAAGUGGGCAGUAAGGCGCCGUCAACAAAGUCUCAGAUGAAGCGACCAGGGUCGACAAAGUCAGAGCAAAGCGAAGCACCGUCUACAAAGUCGCAGCUGAAACAGGCUGAGUCACAAGAAAGUUUAUCAGUCAAGUCCCAAGCUAGUGAGGAUGCAUCCUCCAAUGCAGCAAAGACAUAUCUAUGAACACACACGCUCAUCCAUGUACACACACACACGUGCGCGUGUGCACACGCACACGAACAAGCACGCUCACAUAUUGACUACAGAUACAUAACAAUACUAUGAAUUAUUUGGAUUUGUUAAUUAGUAUGUGUUUACUUAUUUUGUGAUAUUAAGUCAUGAAUGUAGUUAAUGUAGCUGAAAAAAUGAAGGAUGUACAUAUACUCUACUGCAGUUACCUAUUACAAGCAUAAGAUAUUGCUUUUGUGCUAUUGUCGUCAUGUUCUUUUGAAAGGGGAGCGGGGGAAA